AUGAACAUGCGCGAUGCCCUGACUGGAGAAGUCAUGUGGGAAAGUGGCGAAUGGGAUUGUGAUCUUGAUGAGAUGGAGGCUCAAGUUCCGCGAGAAAUCCUGAGUUGCAGACAGGUAUCCCGCGAGCUCAACUUCUCUUCAGUUGAAGUCAUGACGAGCUUGAGAUUGGUUCAGUCAGUGAUUUUCAAGGGCGAGCCGCUGGAGGAGUGGAACUUCCAUUUCGGCUUCGUCAUACCAAAUUCGACGAACACCUGGCAGCAGACCAUAGAGGCUGCCGAGGAGGAAGAAAUGCUUCCAGCAGAGUUGUUGUCAGGAAACGUUGUCAUAGAGACCACAUUUCUUGAUGGUGAUUGUCCCAUCAUGACUCAAAGGGUCCGCAUCUGGUACGUGUGA